CCAUUUUCACUAUUCUCUUCUAAAAUUUCUCAUCCAUCCUCGUCCAUUUCCUUUUUUAUUAAUCUCUCCCACUCCAGUGAAAAAAGUUAUAAACUUUGUCUUUUUUUCUCAAAGCUUCAAUCUUUUUAUUUUCCUCUUUAUCUUCUCUGUCUAGUUCUGGAUCAUAACCAGUGUAAUAAACUCUGAACUGAAACCCUCUACUCAAUUUUUUUUUAGAAAAAAAACAGUUCUUUCUGACGAGCAGCAACACCUAAUGGGCUCAGAGCAGCAAAGAUUCCCUCAGCACGACCAACAGAGGAAAAGGUGGAGAGGUUGUUUAGGAGUCUUCUCAUGUUUCAAGUCACAAAAAGCCUUAAAACAAAUCGUCCCCUCAUCUCGCAUUCCUGAAUGUGGCAAUGCCUCAUCAGCUACACAACCUAAUGGACCUCACCAAGGUGCUACCAGAGGAAUGAACUUAGCUUUCAUGGCUCCACCAUCCUCUCCAGCUUCCUUCACAAACUCUGCUCUUCCUUCAACACCUCAGUCACCAAACAACAACAACUACUUAUCCCUCUCUGCAAACUCUCCAGGAGGUCCUUCUUCCAGCAUGUACGCCACUGGACCUUAUGCUAACGAGACCCAACUGGUCUCACCUCCUCCUGUCUUCUCUACUUUCACCACCGAGCCCUCCACUGCUCCUUUCACUCCUCCUCCGGAGCUUGCUCAUCUCACCACUCCUUCUUCACCUGAUGUCCCUUACGCUCGUUUCUUGAAGAACUCUGGCAAUGAUCUUCACUCUACGUACUCUCUUUACCGUGGAAGUCCAGCCAGCAGCUCUCUUAGAUCACCUCAAACCGGAGUCUCAACACCUCUGCAGGAGUCAAACUUCUUCUGUCCUGAAACAUUCGCCAAGUUUUACCAGGAUCAUGACCCUUCUGUUCCUCUCAACGGUGGGAGGUUAAGCGUUUCCAAGGACUCAGAUGUGUACCCAACGAGUGGGAACCAGAACAGGCAGGUGAGGCAAGGCAUGGAGGAGUUGGAAGAAGCUUAUAGAGCUUCCUUUGGGUUUAGUGCUGAUGACGUCAUCACAACUAGUCAGUAUGUAGAGUUCACUGAUGUGAUGGAUGACUCUCUAGUCAAGGCAAAGGCCUACUCACCAAGCAAAGGACAAAAGCUGCUUAGAAGAGAAGCUGAUCUUGAUUCACCAAAGGGCUACAAAGAUCACAAGCCAAGAAAGGGGAUGAUCCACGCUGAUGAAGAGGCUCUAUUGUCAAGAGUGGGGUCUGUGAAAAAAGGGAGCAGAAGCUAUCCCGCUGGUGUUUCAAGCUCCGAUGCAGAGAUUGAAUACAGAAGAGGAAGAAGCUUAAGAGAAGGCAGAGAGAACAGAGACAGGAGAUAGAUUGAUCAAGAACAAGAACAAAGCUAGCUAGCUUUGUUCUUAAAGGUCUUUUAAGUUGCAAAGGAUUUAAUAUGGAGUAAUUACUCUUUAAUAUGAUCUUUGUGAUGCUAAACUCUUGAGAUAAGAAUCUAGUUUGAAGUAUAUAUCAAUAUAUCACAGAUGGUUUUUAGAAGAA